GCGCAUGCGCUGGCUCUGAGGUUCCCUGGGCUCUGUGGCCGUUGGGGAGGUUUCCAUCCCUUUGGUUUUUGACCCUCUGUGCUUGCCCGCUCCGCCCCUGCCUCUGCCUCAGCCCAGCGCUGGCCCUGCUACUCUCACAAGAAGGUGGCAGCCUGCUGCCCCAUGGGCAGCGGUGCCCAGAUGAACCCCAGCGCCCCAGGCUGCCCCAUGGCUUCGCUCUACGUAGGGGACCUGCACCCGGAUGUGACCGAGGCGAUGCUCUAUGAGAAAUUCAGCUCGGCCGGGCCCAUCCUUUCCAUCCGGGUGUACAGGGACGUAAUAACCCGUCGCUCCCUGGGCUAUGCUUCUGUGAACUUCGAGCAGCCUGCGGAUGCAGAGCGCGCUUUGGACACCAUGAAUUUUGAUGUCAUCAAGGGCAAGCCGGUCCGCAUCAUGUGGUCUCAGCGUGAUCCGUCACUACGCAGAAGUGGAGUAGGCAACGUGUUCAUUAAAAAUUUGAACAAAACCAUUGAUAACAAAGCGCUAUAUGAUACAUUUUCUGCUUUCGGGAACAUCCUUUCCUGCAAGGUGGUUUGCGAUGAGAAUGGCUCCAAGGGGCAUGGAUUUGUACAUUUUGAAACAGAGGAGGCAGCAGAAAGAGCCAUCGAGAAAAUGAACGGGAUGCUUCUGAAUGACCGUAAAGUGUUUGUUGGACGGUUCAAGUCUCGAAAAGAACGGGAAACAGAGCUUGGAGCAAAGGCCAAGGAGUUCACCAACGUUUACAUCAAGAACUUUGGGGACCACAUGGAUGAUGAGACCCUGAGUGACCUCUUUGGCAGGUUUGGACAGGUCUUAAGUGUGAAAGUCAUGACCGAUGAAGAUGGAAAAUCCAAAGGAUUCGGGUUUGUCAGCUUUGAAAAGCAUGAAGAUGCGCAGAAAGCGGUGGAGGAGAUGAAUGGAAAGGAACUCAAUGGCAAACACAUUUAUGUGGGUCGAGCUCAGAAAAAAGUGGACCGGCACACAGAGCUUAAGCGCAAAUUUGAGCAAGUGACACAAGACAGGAGCAUCAGAUACCAAGGUAUUAACCUUUACGUGAAAAAUCUUGACGAUGGUAUAGAUGACGAGCGUCUGCAGAAAGAAUUUUCUCCGUUUGGAACGAUCACCAGUACAAAGGUGAUGAUGGAGGGGGGACGCAGCAAAGGGUUCGGUUUUGUGUGUUUCUCCUCCCCCGAAGAAGCCACCAAAGCAGUUUCCGAAAUGAAUGGUCGAAUUGUGGCCACGAAGCCACUGUAUGUAGCUUUAGCCCAGCGCAAAGAAGAGCGUCAAGCUCACCUCACUAACCAGUAUAUGCAGAGAAUGGCAGGUGUGAGAGCUGUGCCCAACCCUAUGAUGAACCCCUACCAACCCGCGCCUUCAGGUUACUCCAUGGCCACUGUCCCACAGACUCAGAACUGUGUGCCCUGCUGCCCUAGCCAGCUGACUCAACCAAGGCCAAGUGCUCGCUGGACUGCUCCGGGUACCAGGCCUCAUCCAUUUCUAAAUGUGCCUGCUGCUAUCCACCCAGCUGCUCCUAGAUCAUCACUUAGUACUGUAAGACCAGGUCCUUCCCAUGUUCCUCAAGUAGUGCCAGCACAUCGCGUAACUAACACAUCAGCACAGACAGUGGGUCAACAUCCUGCAGCAGUAGCUGCCGUUUCUGCAGCAACUACUCCUGCUCGCUCGGUUCCGAAGUAUAAAUACGCCACGGGAGUCCGCAACCCCCAGCAACAUCUUACUGCGCAGCUGGCGCAGCAGCCUGCUGUUAGGGCGCAGGCUCAGGAACCUUGGACUGCUUCCAUGUUGGUCCCUGCUCCUCAAGAACAAAAGCAAAUGUUGGGUGAAAGACUGUUUCCUUUCAUUCAAGCCGUGCACCCGAGUCUUGCUGGUAAGAUCACGGGCAUGUUGCUGGAGAUGGAUAACUCAGAACCACUUCAGAUGGUGGAGUCUCCAGAAUCUCUGCGCUCUAACGAUGAUGAAGCUGUAGCCUUACUCCAAGCCCACCAAGCUAAAGAGGCUGUCCAGAAAGCUGUUAGCCGUGUCUCUGGCAUCUCACCUAUUUAAACUGAUCAGAGACCUCAACAAAGAAACUCACAUGUCACAGAAGAAAAAUACCUAAACACUGAAAAAAAUUAAAUAUUAUAAAAAAAUGGUAAAAAUAUAAAAUAAAUAAAAAAAGGAAAGGCAACUUUGAACUUUAUGUACUGAGCAAAUAUCAGGUCUAGUGUUCGGCGUAGACUGAUUUAAUAUCUGCACCACCAUCCCCCAGAAGUAGUAAAAUCUAUAAACCCAUGUUUUGUGGACCCCAGGAAAAGCAAUUUCAGCAAAGUAGAAACAUUUGAAGCAUUUUUUUAAUUUUGUAAUUCUUUAUUGUUGAAUAGCUCAAGAUGUCAGUUCUUACAGCAGAAUUGAUAACUGGGCAAGGAAACAUAAUUUGAAUUAUAAAAUCCUUGCUUUAAUAAAAACUUACACAGUGAAAAAAUAUCAAAAACUUACAUGGUGAAAAAAUAUCAAAUUAUUUAGGUAGGGAUAAUGUGCUCUAUCAUUUUCUUUGUAUUUCUCUAUAAAGCUGUAUGGUAGAAUAAAGAACAACUAGAUGACUUAA